AUGGGCUGGGGUGAACACUUGAACAACCUUGGGCGCAUCACUUCGAGCAACGACGUCUACUUCGACGAGCGCUCCUUCACGCUGCUCGGCGGUGUGAUGUCCAACGUCAAGCUCCGUGGCGGCAUCCGCACCCAGAACAUCACCCCGCCUGCGCCACCUCCGACGACGCCAGCCCUUCCCGGCACGGCGCCGCCCGUCGUCGUCGAUGCCUUCGUCCCCGCCGACGCCAACGCCAUCGAGCUCGCUCGACGCUGCGAAGGGCGUGGGAGCUCAGCAACUUCGUCAUCGGCGCGUCUGCCGACACCUCUGCCGCUGUCCACUACCGUUCUGGGGGAGGUGCUGGAGGUCAGUGCUCAGAUCGGACCCGUCCCAAUCCCGAGGAGUGCCGAGGAGGCCGUCAAACAUCCCCUAGGCCCAGUGAGGUAG